AUGGCGCUUCCACCAGAGCAAAUCAAUAUCAAGCGUCGGCGCGAGGAGGAGCCCGUCGAGACCCUAUUCAUUCAAUCCGCACUCCACCAAACCAAGCGGCGCUUUACCGACUUCGUCUUCCACAGAGUCACUCUGAAAGCCAGCGAGAGCGGGAGUGGAGAUGCAUCUCCAAGCCCACCAGCAACGCCAGCCGUGCAGCGGCUUCUGCGCAGCCCGCGCUCAGUAAGCAGCCUUCAUGUAAAUCGGCGCGCGCCAGCGUCCUCGAUGGGCGUGCCCAGGGUACGGGCCACCUCACCGGGAGCAGAAUUCCGUGAAGCGCAGCGCAUUGCAGCUGUCCGCAAAGAAGCAGAAGAAAAGCAUAGGCGUGCUGUUUACGGGGGCCCUUCUCCUUUCACUGACCUGCAGCCCGGCCCUGCGGCUAGCUCUAAUGUCCCCCACCAACCCGCAGUGCGUGACAGCAGCCCGGCAUCUAUGGAGACAUCCUCCAGCCGCGCGCAGGCCCUGCGCCGCUUCCAGAUCUCGCGCUCAAAUCUCGACUCCCUAAGAAGUUCCCCCGGGGGAAUCCAGAAGCGACGCGCUGGUGGUCCUGCGCCUGGUGUGGCCGUGCUGGUCGAGCAGCUGCAGCGGAAUGCGCACUCGCGCAAGGCAUCCAUGGUCUCGGAUCUGGUGGCGGAGGCACAGUCUCUCUCGUUAAAGCCUAAGGAACUUGUCCAGGACACCGACACCACACCCCCGUCACCAGUUAAACCACGCAAACGACCUGUCGUUAACCAGGCCGAGAAACGGUGGCGCGAGGAGCGCAAGGGUGCUAUCUCAGCUGCGAAGCAGCAUCUGUCCGAUACCUUGGAGAAAUCCGCCCAGACACAACAGAGGAGCUGGGAUCAGGAGUCUGAACGCCUAGCCCAUGAUCUCGAGCAGGUCGCGCUGGAGCUUGAGCAACAGGCUAACCAAGACCAUGCCAUGGACUUUGAUCCCCUCGCGGGGAAACCGGCCCCUCCCCCGCCUGCAUCUUUACAGCCUGCUUUCAGCGCAGCUCCUAAGCCCCCGUUGAAACACCAGCCCCGUCAACCCAAGGAACCGAGAGUCGCACCUACAACACCGCAGACUUCGGAGCAAAUUGAACAGGCUGUGGAGGAGGAUGACGAAGGCGACUAUGUCUACGACGUUUACGUCCGGCGUCCGCUAUCGGAAGCUGAGAUGCUGAAGAACCCGCUCGCCGAAUAUGAGUCCGACCAGCAGCAAAAGGAUAUCGCUAAGCCUCAGCCUGGAGUCGGUGUCAUUGUCAUCACGGCCGAGGACGAGGAGUACUGGGAUGAUUUUGUUGAAAAUGACGAGGAGGAGUGGGAUAGUGAGGAUGCGGACUCUAAUGCCGAAAACCACCCAGCCAACGAUUACCCAGAUGAAGAAGCGUCGUCGGACGACGACAACGACGACUUUGACUUUGAUGAUUCAGCGAGCGAGGAUGGCGGGACUGGGUACAUGUCUCGCUACCGUGGACACGUAGACUCGGAUGAAGACUACUGA